AACUUUUCUACGAACUGAUAUCACCGGUUACAGGGCGCAGCCAUAUUAGGUAUUGCAAAGUUUCUUUCGAGAUAUAUCGAAAAUGGGUGAAACACAACCUCAUGUUCAAGUUGGCCAAGCUGUAGCCCAACAAUACUUUCAACUCUUUCAACAGAAUCGAGAAGCAGUUAUUAAUUUGUAUCACCCUCAAGCCUAUUUGUCAUUUGAAGGUGAAACUAAACAAGGCCACACAGGGAUUCAAGAAUUAUUGAAAGAAAAAUUAAAAUUUCAAACUAUAGCUCACCAGAUUACGGCAGUUGAUGUGCAACCCCUUACAGGCGAUAAUAGCGGAAUUGUUGUAUUCGUUUUGGGACGCUUGAAGACUGACGAGGAUCCACCUCAUGGAUUUUCUCAGACAUGGAUUGUUCGACAAGUUGAUGGCAAUUACUUUAUUUUCAACGAUGUGUUUAGAUUAGCUAUCCAUAACUCAGCUUGA